AGAGAUAAUUUCUUCUUCUCCAGAUUCCUCUCGUCUCUACUUCUAUUGCUAAUUCUUCACCACCAUUGCUUUUCACUCAAGAUUGUUGCCCAACUUUCAAUCUAAGCAAAGGGAGAGAUGGGGUAUUCGGGAUUGUCUUCAUCAACAAAGUCUGUGAAAAUCACGUUCAGAAUACCGUAUUACACGGAAUGGGGUCAAUCCCUGUUGGUGUGCGGCUCCGAACCAAUGCUUGGUUCGUGGAACAUUAAGAAAGGGUUGCUGCUGAGCCCUGUUCAUCUAGGGGACGAGCUCAUUUGGACCGGAACCAUUGCGGUGCCAGUUCAGUUCAAUUGCGACUACCGUUAUUAUGUGGUGGAUGAUGCCAGAAAUGUGCUGAGAUGGGAGAUGGAAAACAAGCGUAGCUUGUCCUUGCCUCCUUUUUGUCAGGAGGGUCAAAUUGUUGAUCUUCAUGAUUUUUGGCAGACUGGCAGUGAUGCUCUUCCAUUCAGAAGCGCCUUUAAAGAUGUCAUAUUUUGCAAAACAUCUACCUCAAAUAUUAAUAGUCCAGAAGUAGUCCUUCAGGACAAAUUGGAUCAGGAAGAUUCAAUCCUUGUACGUUUUAAAAUCUGCUGUCCAAAUGUAGAAGAAGGCACUUUGGUUUAUGUGAUUGGUAGCACUAUGAAGUUGGGGCAAUGGAAGGUUCAGGAUGGACUAAAGCUGCAUUAUACUGGUGAAUAUAUCUGGGAAGCAUACUGUUUAAUUCCAAGGGUUGAUUUUCCAAUAAGUUAUAAGUACUGUAAAUAUGGCAAGAAUGGAAGUCUUUCAUUGGAAAUUUCUUCACCUAGGGAGCUCUGUGUUGGUUUCAGUAAAAGUCAGCGGCAGUACAUUUUUCUUUCAGAUGGCAUGCUGAGGGAAAUGCUUUGGCGAGGUGCUGGUGUUGCUAUUCCCAUGUUCUCUGUCCGCUCAGAAGCUGAUCUUGGUGUUGGAGAAUUCCUUGACUUGAAGUUACUUGUUGACUGGGCAGUGGAGUCUGGAUUCCAUUUAGUUCAGCUUCUACCUAUCAAUGAUACAUCUGUACAUGGGAUGUGGUGGGAUUCAUAUCCAUACAGUUCAUUGUCCGUGUUUGCUUUACAUCCAUUGUACCUGAGAGUACAAGCCCUUUCAAAAAAUAUGCCAGAGGAUAUCAAGAAUGAGAUUAGAAAUGCCAAAGAACGCCUAGAUAGAAAGGAUGUUGAUUAUGAGGCUACUCUAGCUACCAAAUUGUCAAUUGCCAAGAAAGUCUUCCUCAAAGAAAAGGAUUUGAUACUGAACAGCAGUUCCUUCCAUAAAUAUUUUUCUGAGAAUGAGGAAUGGUUAAAACCGUAUGCUGCUUUCUGUUUCUUGCGGGACUUUUUUGAAACAUCUGAUCACAGUCAAUGGGGUCGUUUUUCUAGUUAUUCUAAGGACAAGCUUGAGAAACUUGUCACGAAAGAUGCUUUGCACUAUGAUACCAUCUGCUUUCAUUUUUAUCUGCAGUUCCACUUGCAUUUGCAGUUGUCAGAAGCUGCAGAAUAUGCAAUAAGUAAAGGGGUGGUUUUGAAAGGAGACCUUCCUAUUGGGGUUGACAGGAAUAGUGUUGAUACCUGGGUCUAUCCAAAUUUGUUCCGCAUGAACACCUCUACUGGGGCUCCUCCAGAUUAUUUUGACAAAAAUGGCCAGAAUUGGGGGUUUCCUACUUAUAAUUGGGAGGAAAUGUCCAAAGACAACUAUGCUUGGUGGCGUACUCGCCUUACACAGAUGGGAAAGUACUUUACAGCUUAUAGGAUAGACCAUAUCUUAGGCUUCUUUAGAAUUUGGGAACUCCCAGACCAUUCUAUGACUGGUCUAAUUGGAAAGUUCCGUCCAUCUAUCCCUCUAAGCCAGGAAGAACUUGAAAGAGAGGGUAUAUGGGACUUUGAUCGAUUGGCACGCCCUUAUGUUCGAAAAGAGUUUUUAGAGGAAAAAUUUGGAGAUUCAUGGACUUUGAUUGCUGCAAUUUUUUUUGACCAGUAUCUGGACCGAUAUGAGUUCAAGGAGGACUGCAACACUGAGAAAAAAAUUGCUGCCAAGCUUAAGUCAUGUGCAGAAAGGUCCUUGUUGCCAGACAAUGAAGAUAAGAUACGUCGUGAUCUAUUUGAUCUUCUAAAGAACAUAGUUCUUAUCAGAGAUCCAGAACAUGCAAGAAGUUUUUAUCCCCGUUUUAAUCUUGAAGAUACUUCUAGUUUUGUAGAUCUUGAUGAUCACAGCAAAAAUGUUCUGAAGAGAUUGUAUUAUGAUUACUAUUUCCAACGGCAAGAAAAGUUGUGGCGGCAAAAUGCUCUAAAGACCCUACCUGUGCUCCUGAAUUCGUCAAAUAUGCUAGCUUGUGGGGAAGAUCUGGGCCUUAUUCCCGCAUGUGUUCAUCCUGUUAUGCAAGAACUUGGCCUAAUUGGCUUGCGUAUUCAACGAAUGCCCAGUGAACCAGAUCUUGAAUUCGGUAUUCCUUCUCAGUACAGCUACAUGACGGUAUGCGCUCCAUCAUGUCAUGACUGUUCUACCCUGCGUGCCUGGUGGGAAGAAGAUGAAGAGAGACGGCGCCGGUUUUUCAACUCUGUGAUGGGGUGUGAUGGGUUACCGCUAGAUCGAUGUGUUCCAGAUGUGGUACACUUCUUCAUAAGGCAGCAUGUUGAAGCUCCAUCGAUGUGGGCAAUUUUCCCCCUUCAGGAUUUGUUAGCCCUUAAAGAAGAGUACACGACUCGCCCAGCCGCAGAGGAGACGAUAAAUGACCCUACAAAUCCAAAGCACUAUUGGAGAUACCGUGUUCAUGUUACAAUGGAAUCCUUGAUGGAGGAUAAAGAGCUUAAAGCCACCAUCAAAGAUCUCAUAUCGGGGAGCGGCCGAUCGUAUCCUCGUGGUGAAGAUGUAAAGCAACUGAGUCGAGAAACAGCGGCGAUAGCUUUGUAGAAGCAGCAGGACCAUGUCAGUAAUGCGGAAAUGAUUGGAAGCAUCAUGUAAGCCUACUAUUCUAUAUAACUGACAAGUAUUACAUGCAAAAGUGAUGUAUGCUCUGCCACUUAAAAGACUGCCAAUGGUGGUGAUGAUUGGUUUAUCUUUCAAAAUAAAGAUUGUUAUCC